AUGAUGAAUUCAAUUAGUAACUAUUUGACACCAACUAAUGUCUUUGCUGAUUAUAACAGAACCAAAAGAAUUCCCGUUCAAUCAUUGAAUGAAAACUAUAGAAUCAUCAAUCCUUUGGGUGUUGGUAGUUUUGGAACUGUUAUGUUGGCCAAAAGUAUAAGAGAUAAGUCUCAAUUCAGAUCUUUUAAUGGUAAAAUGUAUGGAACAUUAUUAGAUCCAUUGGAAGAGAGUGCUCAAUAUAAAUCACCAUUAGUAGCAAUAAAAAUCAUGAAUAAGAGAGUACAUGUACAAGAAUAUAUGAAGAAUAAGGAAGUAAAAUUCAUCUUAUCAAUGCCUUCUCACCCAUCAUUAAUUCAAGUGUUUGAAAUAUUUGUUGAUCCGGUUGAAUUCAAGCUACAUAUCAUAAUGGAGUCCAUGAAUCAAACUUUAUUACAGUUGGUCAAUUCUAGAAGAAAUACUCGAUUAAGUGAAAAAACUUUGAAAAGUAUCUUAAGUCAAGUGCUUGAUGGCAUUAAACAUAUUCACAAACAUGAUUAUUUCCAUAGGGAUAUCAAACCUGAGAACAUUCUUGUUAUACCAACAAUUCAAUAUUUUGGUAAUGAUGAAAAUAUUCCACCUUCAAGGAAGGAUGAUAAUUAUGUUGUCAAGUUGGCAGAUUAUGGCUUAAGUAGAAGUAAUAGCGAUUUGAAUCCUUAUACUUCAUAUAUAUCAACCAGAUGGUAUAGAUCACCUGAGAUCUUAUUGAGAAGAAAAUGGCAAUCAAAAGCUGUUGAUAUAUGGGCUUUUGCAGUGGUGGCUGUUGAAUUAGCAAAUUUCCAACCUUUAUUUCCUGGAGCUACUGAAUUAGAUCAGUUGGUUAGAAUACUCAAAGUUUUGGGUUGUCCUUCAUUACCAGAUAUAGGUGAUGUUAAAGAGAGUCUCAACAACAAUUAUUUCAACACUCGAUAUUAUCCUAAUUAUUUCAUACCUAUGGGAGGAUUCUGGAGAGAAGCCACGAUCUUGGCGAAGAAUCUAGGAAUCGAAUUUCCCUAUGAGCAAGGAUUAACCAUUGAGAAUAUCUUCCCUGUUCGUGCAUAUAAAGGAUUAUCGGAAGUAGUGAAAUCUUGUUUAACUUGGGAUCCUGAUAUUAGACCAGACUGCGGAUUUCUAAGUAGUAUGGAUUAUUUCAAAGGAACUCAAGUUUAUGAAGAAUCUCAACCUAUUACCCGAACUAAGCAAAUCAAUCCUUCAGUUAUACCUUUAACACCAUACAGAAGUUAUAAUAUGUCGAGUUCAUCUUCUCAUAGUUAUCGUCAAAGCCCAACUGCUAUUAAUCCAUAUAAAAAUGAAACCAAUUAUUUCUAUGAUGACUUUGAUGAUGGAUAUGAAAAACAAUUCAUGUACCAGAAUCAAGAAUAUGAUUCUGAUUAUUUGAUUGAGAACGUUUUCAACGAUAAUGAUUAUAGUUGGAAACCAAGACUUCAAUUCGAUGAUUCUGGAACUUCAAAGGAUCAAGGUUCAUCUUUGAAAGUAAAAAGUUGGGAAGGUGAUAAAAAAGUGUUAGUUUAG